UUCAAAUUUCCCUCUCUUUCUAUUUUCCUUUUGUUUGUUCUCAAAUUUCACUCACUAUCUUUGGGAGUCUUCACGAGCCGGACCACGACAUCUGCAUCUACAAGAAGAAGAUACCGUAGGCACUUCAAUUUCUGCUGUAUCUCUAUAAAAAAUCAGAAUCUUUUGUGUCUGCGAUGGGGACGAGGCAUAUGGAGAUGAAGAAAUCCUUCAAGUUCUGCAUUCGUUCCCUGCUCACUCCCUGUUCUAAGCAGGAAUUUUGCCAAGCAUUUCCGAAUUUUACAACUGCCGAGCAAGAGCGUCUUCAUAGGAUGUUUAUUCAGGUCAUCACUUCUUUGCAUGGAAAUGUAGAGGAUGAGUUUCAGUCAGUAUGCCUUGAAACACAGGUGGGAACUGCUCUUGAUACUGUUGAACAACUUGUGGAAGAACAAGCUCUGGAUCGUUUGUUUUCAGAUAAGACUAAUGUAAUGGAUGUUGCUCAUGAUCUGUCCACAAUGAAGAAGGAUCAAAUCCAGUACUUGACAAAGAUGCUGGAAACGGCUGAAGAACAGAAUCAGUGUCUUCGGGAUCGUGUAGAGCUUUUAAAGAAAGAAAGGCUAGAUGUGUCGGGCAUGGCAAAUGCUGUUGAGCGGUUGAGAAGUGGGAGUGUAAUGUAUGGAAUGUACAACAGCAACAGCCUCCAUAAUCCAUGAUCCAUGUAGUGUAUUGAGGUAAAUUCCUCCGGUGGAUUAAGCCUAUUGAUUCCAUGUGUUUUUGGCUUGAGGAUUGAAUCUUCAUUUGGCUUGUACUCGUCGCGUAAUCAGAAUCCUCAGGUGCUACUUGUAAUGUAGGUCUCAAGUGUGUGUAUAGAAGCGAUUGUAGCUCUCAAAGUUUUUGAAAUUGGAUCAAUGUUUUCUGUGCUUUUUCUGCAAAAUGAAUUGCUGUUAAAUAUGCCCUACUGUUUUUUAUGGUAUUGUUAUAGUAACUAUUUCCACAAGAUGGCUUUAAGAUUUGGGUGAUUGACAUA